AUGACCGAGCAAGUUACAGGAGCUAUCAAGCACGCAGUCAUGGGUCACAAGAACGAUAAGAUCGACCAGCUCAAGGCCAACAUGGUCGAGCCUAGCGAAAACACCCGAAUCACCUCCGAUUAUGGUGUCAAGCAAAACAACACCGACAACUGGCUGCGCGUUGCAAGCGAAGACCAGACUGGCCCUUCACUUUUGGAGGACGCCUUCGGUCGCGAGAAGAUCCACCGAUUCGACCAUGAGCGUAUCCCCGAGCGUGUUGUCCAUGCCCGAGGUGCUGGCGCCCACGGUACCUUCAGACUUUUCGAGUCGGCCGCCGACGUGACCAAGGCCGGUCUCUUCACCGACACCUCGCGAGAGACACCCGUUUUUGUUCGCUUCUCGACUGUCCUCGGAAGCCGCGGCUCUGCCGACACUGUCCGUGAUGUUCGUGGUUUCGCGAUCAAGUUCUACACUCAAGAAGAUGCAAUGAAAUUCCCUGAUGUUAUUCACGCCGGAAAACCCGAACCACACAACGAGGUUCCUCAAGCGCAGUCUGCACACAACAACUUCUGGGAUUUCAUGUUUGAGCAUUCGGAGGCGACCCAUAUGCACACAUGGGCCAUGUCCGAUCGAACAAUUCCCCGCUCCUACCGCAUGAUGCAAGGCUUCGGCGUCAAUACCUACACUCUCAUCAACGAGAAGGGCGAGCGACGAUUCGUCAAGUUCCACUGGACUCCCGAACUUGGAGUCCAUUCACUCGUUUGGGACGAGGCUCUUAAGCUUGCUGGACAAGACCCCGACUUCCACCGCAAGGAUCUUCAAGAGGCUAUUGAGAACGGCGCUUACCCCAAGUGGAAGUUUGGUAUCCAGGUCCUGGAGGAGUCUCAAGAACACGACUUUGACUUUGAUAUCCUUGACGCUACCAAGGUUUGGCCUGAGGACCUGAUCCCUGUCCGAUACAUUGGCGAGCUUGAGCUGAACCAAACUGUCGAUGAGUACUUCACCCAGGUGGAGCAAGUUGCUUUCUGCACUAGCCACCUUGUUCCUGGCAUCGGACACUCAGACGACCCUCUUCUCCAGGGCCGAAACUUCUCAUACCAGGAUACUCAGCUCAGUCGACUGGGAACCAACUGGGAAGAGCUUCCCAUCAACAAGCCAGUGUGCCCUGUGAUGAACUUCAACCGCGAUGGUGCCAUGCGACACACCAUCUCCAAGGGCAAGGUCAACUACUGGCCCAACCGUUUCAGCCACCAGCCUCCUGCCACUGCUGGCGAGGGUGCUUAUGUCGAUUACGCGGCAAAGAUCGCUGGCAUGAAGCAGCGAACAGUGAGCAAGAAGUUCAAGGACCACUUCUCCCAAGCCCAACUUUUCUACAACUCUCUUUCCGAGAUUGAGAAGUCUCACAUGCAGGCCGCUUACUCCUUUGAGCUGGACCACUGUGACGAAGCUAUCGUCUACGAGCGUCUGACUGAACGCCUCGGCGAAAUCGAUGGCGACCUUGCCAACACUAUUGCCGAGAUGGUUGGUGGUAAGAAGCCUUCAAACCCCAAGCCCAACCCCGGAAAGAAGGCCAAGAACCUGAGUCAACUUGACUUCGUGCCCGAGACCCCUACCAUCAAGUCUCGACGAAUUGCCAUCCUCAUCGCUGAUGGCUACGAUCCUGUCGCCUUCAACGCGAUGUACGCUGCGAUUAAGGCCCAGAGCGCUCUCCCCUUCGUCAUCGCUCCCCGCCGAUCAGCCAUCUACUCUGCCGAUGAGGAUUCAUCCUCUUCAAAGGGCUUCGUUCCUUCUCACCACUUUGAAGGUCAACGUUCCACAAUGUUCGACGCCAUCUUUGUUCCCGGUGGUGCAAAGUCCAUCGAGACUCUUUCCAAGAAUGGCCGCGCUCUGCACUACGUCCGCGAGGCCUUUGGUCAUCUCAAGACCAUUGGUGGUACCGGAGAGGCUGUUGACUUUAUCAACAAGGCGAUCCAGCUCUCCGAAGUCGCUUUGUCCUCCACUGACGGCAGUGGUGUUGUUGACAGCUACGGUGUCGUUACUCUUAAGAAUGCUUCACCCGACAGCCUCAAGGAGAUUGUCACUGUUGCUUCCGACGCCAAGGGAUUCUUGGAGAAGUUUGUUUACAACGUCAGCUGCCAUCGCAACUGGCAGCGAGAGUUGGAUGGUCUCAGCACCAUGGUUGCAUACUAA